UGUGUGCACAUUUGUCCGUAUUUUGCACACUACAUAAAAUUGAAAGUAUCUAGUUUUAAUACGCAAAAAUGGAAGAAUCAAAGAACAAUGAAACUUUAAAUCUUGACUUAAAAGUGGUGGAUGUUCAUACAAAAUUAAGGUUUGCGAGUAUCAACGAGAAUCUUCCAAGCAUGGUUAAAGACGCUUUCAAAGGCAUUUCUGAGUUGAGCAUAAAUCUUAAUUUCUUCAUUCCUCGUGUUCACCGAACCGGAAAUGAUGCAGUGGAGGACGAACUAUUUCAAGACUUGUACAAAGACAGGAUUGAGUCGUUUAAAGAUUCGUAUUCUGUCGCAUUACAGCCAGAAUUUUUGGAGGAAGCCGCCCAACACGCACUUUCUUAUGCGAGAUGGACACUUCCUAGUGUACCCCCGCAGAACGAAAUUAUGUCAAUCAUUCUUCAGUUAUUGUUUCCAGGGAUUAUUUGGGAUUUUAUUGUCGAUAAUCAGCGAGGGUUUAAGAAAGAAACGGAUUGUGGGAGUAGUGGAGAGUCGUUUAAAGCAUUCUUGGAUUUUUAUCCGUCCGCGGAUAAAAAGCGGGAUGAUGGAAACAAAGAGAACGACCAAAGCGGCAAGAUGGCAGCAGUUCAGCUGAUGUUGGAAAAUCCACUGUAUGCCGUAAUUGUAAAAGAAUUUAUUAACAUAUUUGACGAAUUCCGAGACAAGGAUAGAACCGUGAUGGACCAGGAAGUUAAGCGACUCGCGGAAGCGUUUCUUUGGGAAAAAUCGGAACAGAAGAAAGGAGUAUAUUCAAAAUAUACCAACCGAUUUUUUAGAGGACUGAAUAUCGCCCUCGCCAUCUACCCAGAAGUAAUGUUCACUUUGGAGGAACUACAGUUGGAUGAUUCUGUCCGGGAAAGUGUUUACUUUAAGAGAUGGAUGCAGAUCGCGGGUGAAAUCGGGGGCAUGAUCAAUGAUAUUUUGGGGGUACAAAAAGACGUCAAGAACGGAGAUGCUACGGACAUCGUAAUGAUGCGAAUAUUGGGUGGAGAAUCGAUAGUACGCGUACUUCAGAGUGAGAUCAAGAGAUUCAACGCAAACGUAUCGGACUACCUCGCAAUGAGAACAGCCUUAUUGAAUCGGUUCCCAAAAAUGGACAAUUUACCACAUUACAUUGAACUGGUGGAUUCUUGGUUGUACGGAACUAUCCAAGUGUUCCAAUACUCAAAAUUAUAUGACGAAGUGGAAGUAUCUUUCUAUCCAAAAAUCCAAUAAAAAUAAAUUCAUGUAAGGGUUGAUUCAUAAAUCAUGGCACUGCUAAUAUUUCAAAGCAUCGUUUAGUAAUGAACGCCU